AUCUCAGAUCAGUUCGGGAACACUUUGUUAUCGAUCUCUUCGUCGAUCCUCGAUACCUCGACGGUAUAUCCCACACUUUCAUCGAUACUAACACAACCGAACUCACAACACACUAACCAACUACGUCUUUCGAGAACAAGCAUUAUGAUCUCGUCCAGGGCCUCACGCCAACGCCCUAAGUCCUGAAUGUGAAAAGGGUUUAUUGCAUUCUGCGCAAUAAAGAACAGAUCGGGCAAAGCCCGCAUAUCAUUCAAUGAAUAAAUUUGACGAGCCAUCAAAUAAAUCGUGGGUCACCAUAAUUUAGUUCACGGAUAUUCUAUUGUGGGAAUUGAUUUGAAUCUCUUGCUUCUAAAUGAAAUAGCCGACGUGUAUCAAGUGCUGGAAAAGGUGUUAGGGUGAGCAUUUUAUAGAAUUUUCAGAAAAGAACUUUAUUUAAACAAUCUAUUUAAUUCAAAUCACUUUAAUAAAACCUGAUAUAAAUAAGGUGUAAUAUACGAGAUCUGUUAAAAAAAUAUCCGAACUUUCUUUUUGUAAUUUUUUUUCGGACGUACUUAUAAUUUUGCUUAUUCAGCCUUGUCGCCUCCGAAAUAUAUUUCUUCUCGGUUGAUACAUCAUCCUCAAUGUCGCUUCUGGAAGCAGUCCUGUACGUGUAUGGUACGCGUUUUUUUGGGAUCACGCGUAAGUCCUGCGAAUUUUCCUUGGUGUCUUCAAGUGUCAAAUCCUUUCAACGUGGAUUUCGUUUAGAAAAAUAAAGCUUACCAGGUCCAGAAAAUGUCAGAAAAAGGACUGUAGAAAGACAAUUCAAGGUUCUUUCAUCACGACACGCACGCAUCGCUGCUAAUUUGUCAUUUUUGCAUCAAAGCAAAGAUGAUUGUGCUUUCCAUCAAUCUCUCUACUCUCACGACCUGGCCCUUGCGGAUUUUUUCUUUUUUUUUUAACUGAAAUCCACAUUGAAGGACCGAAGAUUGGACACGAUCGCAGACGGAUCCCGAAAAAAUGCGUAACAGAACUGCUUUCAGAAGUGGAAAAAACGUUGGAAAUGGUGUAUCAAUCGAGAAGGAAUACUUUGAAGGCGACAAGGCUGAAUAAGUUACAGGUGCGUUCGAAAAAAUUAUGAAAAUAAAAGUUUAAAUAUUUUUUUAACAGACCUCGUACUUGCGCGGAUGCACUUGUCGAACUUGAUAAUAUCUGUAAUGAGAUAUUGGCAGAUCGGUCAAUAAUCAUGAAGCAACAACUAGGCAGUUGCUAAGUAAUAUAAUAUUAGUAAUUGUAUAUAAUUCGAAAUUUUCAUGUUAAACGGAAAGCUUCUUUCUGUAAACUGAAUUAUACGUAAAAAAUUAUAGUGGGUAAAAGCGCAUAAAGCUUCUUCCGCUUUAAAUUGCGAUUCUUGUAAAUUGUCGGCGUGAAUUUGACGUGAAUUUUGAGGGUGCAGGUGUAUCUGGCCGGAAAGUCCGCUUCUGGUGGAAGCAGACGGAACACAGAAAGCGCGGAAAAAGCAAGAAAAUUCGCUGACAUCGCACGUCCAUAUGUACAGCUUCUAUUGAGAAAUCGAUCGCAGCGGGAGUCACUAAUGCGAACAAAAAUUCUAAUUCCCCGUGGAAGUCUGCGGCAAUUCUGGCGACGUAAACGAGCGGGAUCUUCGUCGAUAGGAAGAGGUUCCGCGGGAAGAGGGCCGCGUAAACGUACCUCUGGGUCCGUCGUGGUGUUGUCCGCCGGGGGUGGCGGUGGCAGUGAGAGCGGGGGAGGUUGCAGACAUCGUGAUUUGGAACGUCGAACGGGUGGCGGUCGGGGUGUUCCCUGUCUUGCCACCAUCAGCUCUUCUGUCGCAGGAAGCGCGGGGGGUUGCGGCCCCGUGGUGGGGCUCCCCUCCUACAAAAAGCGCCAAGGCAGUAGCACUGUCUGGGGGCGCGGAAGUCGUGGACGUGGCAGAGGUCGCGGGGGCGGCGCGAACCUCUUUGGUUCCGGCGUCGCCCCCGCGAAUUACGCACCAGGACUGCAGGGCGUUGCGCCUGGGCUGCGGGAGGUCGUGAACAUUCUCGGCAAGAGGAAUCAAGCUGGCACCCUAUCGGGCGUAGGCCCGUCGCCGGGAACGCUGGAUAACGAUAGUUCAUGCGAGGAGGAGGGGACUUCUACCAAAAGACCACCAAGGCCACCAAGACCUCUCUACAGGAGGUUAAUCAACUACGUGAGGCAAGCCUGGACCGGCGUCAAAUUCGCCCUAGACUCGGAAUACGAGGAAGAGCAAACACCGAGAUACAGGCCAGACUCCUUAGCGAGUCUUUGUCGAGCAACCAGAUUCACAGAGGCCGAAUUGAAGAGAAUAUAUCGCGGCUUCAAGGCUGAAUGUCCUACGGGAGUCGUCAGGGAGGAUACUUUCAAGUGUAUCUAUUCAAAGUUCUUUCCCCAAGGAGCUAAUACAAGCCAGUACGCCCAUUACGUUUUUAAUACUUUGGACCAGGAUCACAGCGGGCUUCUCAGUUUCGAGGAUUUUGUUACGGGCUUGAGUGUACUAUCUCGUGGCUCGAUAGAUGAAAAACUUCGUUGGACGUUCUCGCUUUAUGAUAUCAACGGCGACGGCUGUAUCACGAGGGAGGAGAUGACGGACAUUGUGACUGCCGUAUAUGAGCUGAUGGGAAAAUUUUCUGAUCCCAACUUGGACCAUGAGGGUGUACGUCUCAAAGUGGAUCGUAUGUUUCAGAAAAUGGAUGGCAACAGAGACGGCGUAGUGACGCUAUCCGAGUUUUUGGAGGCAUGUCGAGCAGAUCCGGAUAUCUCAACCAGCAUGGCUGCUCUAGACACUGCUUUCUGACACUCACCGCGUCCGCGAUACAUACCAUGGACUUGAAGGGAUCACUCGAUUAGGAAAUAAAUCGCUCAAUAUUGUACCUUAACUCCUUGGACCAGAGAUGAGGAAAGAAAUUCCUCAAAAUGUGUCCCGUCGUCCUGGAGCGACUGAUAUGCGAUUUUUCAGAAUUGAUUGUUUCAAGAGACGACAUUGCGUCACUUUGCGCGUAUUAGCUCAACAAAAUCUACUCAGCGGAAUUUCUAGAUAUGCAAGAAAAGAGUAUUACGAAAAAGAGUAUGAGAAAAGUAUAAAUAAAUGGAGUGUUUCAGAGCUUUGUGACUUAGAUGUACCAAAGAAUUACAAAAGUGGUUGUUUUGUGAUAGGAACGACAACUAAGCGAAUAUUUUGAUUGAAUUAAUGUGCUGCCUCCCUCACCCCUGAGAUAGGAUAUUUAUAGGAUUAGAUGUCGGAAUCUGCAAGUGAGAAAAUAUAUGCGACAGCAGAUUGGAAGCAAGUAACGAGCAUGUUAGGACGAUAAAAUAAUUUUUUGGUAUUUUGCUUGAAACUUACUUAGAAAAUGAUGAUAUCGUAUGCAAAUAGCAAACAUGAUAUCUGCUACGAAAAGAAUGUGUGUAAUGAAUCUCCCUUAAUAGUCAAGUGUCGGCAAGUGGAUUUCAUAAAACUUUAGCGUUAGUGUAAGUGGUUAGCGAAUAAACGAGAAUUAGAAGCGGAUCUUUGUAUCGGAUCGAAUGGAUAUUGUAUUAUUGUAAACUGUAAGCGAAAAAUUAAGAAUGUAUUUUUAAAACUUAUAUAUGCACGACGUUACUCGCACUAUUUUAUUUUAAUUUUUAAUUACAAACUUUUUCAAUAAAAAUUUUUUAAUUGUUCGUUGAACGCACCCCUUAGAUAAAUGACACAAUUAUUAAAAGUGGUUGAAGGUUGUACUUUAUGUUUGAAUAUACCUAUGUGCUGAGACGAUAAAAACACAGCAUGUAUUCAUUCUCCGACGACUGUAAUGUAUUGUACAUUCACGUGAAUAUACUCGUAGCUCUACGUACAUUUUUAACAACAGCGUGCGAGUUCCGCGUGCAUAUAGAACUGUAACAUAAAAAACAAAGUUAAAUGCGAGGAUGAGCGUCAACUCACGAUUGAGACAUACAAAGUUUAUCGUGAAUCCCGUCGUACAGCUGGAUAUGUCAAGCGGGAUUUGUUGUUUCUAGUGCGUAAGCAUGUAGAUGGUAAGCGAUAUCAAAAUAUUUAUUUUUGUGACAGGUAAGCGUAUUAUCGUUGUAAGAUUCUAGAUUGUAAAGACUGUGUGCUGCUAAAGAGAGAGAGAAGUGAAUCGGAUUAGUUAAGGGACAAAAACUGGAAGAAAUAUUCGAAGACAGAGGAAAAAGGCCUCUCUCUAUCGAUCUGGCAUUAGAAUGAUCCAUUGCCGAAUAUAUGCGAAACAUUUUAUUAUAAUUAACUAACACGAGUCGUGGAGACUGGACCAAGGCUUCCGCGAUGAGCGAAGAGGAUUUACUUGAGCGAAGUAUAUUUAAUCAUUUUCCAUCACUGCCUACUUCUGGAUAACUAUAAAUAAAUAAGGAGGAAUGGAGACGAGUAAAAAUAAACAAAACUCCGAUGCAUCGAGACCAGCAAGUCUGAUCGAAAUCAUCGACCUUAGAUUGGGAAGCGGCGAAAUGAGGCUUAUAUUUAUUUAGAUUUAUACGAGUUUCAAGUAUCCUUUCAUUAUGUGCGUUUCUUGUAAAAUACUCGAGAUAGCGAAUCGCGAAUCGCUAUUUGGAUAUUUCUUCGAUUUAGAGAAUAUUGGGAUGCGACGACUAACUUCUUCUAACAACUAAACUGAUGCAACUCCAAUUCACGCAGUGUAUCAAUAUGUCGAACGUGGAGAGAUAGUAGAAAGAUACGAAUAACAAAGUCAGUAAAGAAAUGACAGAAGCGACAAAAAAAGACAGAUCGCGCACGACAAGAAUUACAGGCGUAAAGAUUUCUUCGAUUUUUAGCAGCGCCUAUCUAUAUAUAGAGCAUAAGACUUAUAUAUAAAUUGAGAUAAACAUCGAAUGUUGUCUCAUAUCACUCGAUCACUACCGCAUGUCUUUGAAGUUACGUAAAUAAGUGUAUAAAAGACAGAAACGGGGUAACUGUGUCGUUUAGAUACUUUCGAAUUCGAUCGGAUACUAGUUUUAGAUGUGAGAAAGGAAGGAAAUGAGUACUCUUACCCCACGAUGAUUAAUCGGAAAUAAGCUAAAUCUAAAUAUGUUAUGGGCUUUUUUAUGCGACGCCAUUAGUUUUAGAAUAAUGUUAUUGGUUUUUAAGAGUUAGCGAGACUAGACUGACGAUACCUGGAAUAUUAUUAAGUUUCGCAAGAUAUAGAAGAAAAGCACACGAAAUAGUAAUUUUUUAACAAGAAGACAGAGUUAUAGCACUUAUUCAGGAUGUAAGCUCUCAUUACGUAAUGUCACGCCAUAUGCUUAAUUCAUAUUAUCUCAACUACACAUCCGCGCAUACUUUCCUUUUAUUUAUGCUCAUAUUUCCUCUAAGAACAUAUAUAAUUCGGUAUACUUCUCUAUAGCUUUUAUACUUCUUGUUGAACUUAUAUCAUUCAAUCUCUAUUGUACGCUGCCAAACUGCAUGUUACCUUCUUUCGCAAACAUCGAGUUAUCUACAGGAAAUUUCAUAAAGUAACGUAAGUUCGAUCACGGUUUUAGCAACGUAAUAUGCGAAAGUUUGGCUUUAAUUUAAGUUUUGGCUUUAAUACAAGUUAUUUUACAUGAACAGUGAGGAAACGAGAUUGACAAUGAUAUAAUGUAUCCUUUGUAUUAUCUUAAAUCAACAAUUGUCAAUUUUUAGUUAUAUUUUAUAUGUUACACAAACAGAAGAAAGUAAUACAGUGCUAAAUAAUUUAAAACAGCAUUAGCUUCUUUUUUAACGUCAUAAUUAUUAUGCUAAACUAUAAGCUAUAAUCGUGCUGCUUUAUUUAGUGUGAUAUCGAUAGUUUUAUAUUAUUGGACAAUAAAAAAUUUUAUUAUAAUGCGAUCAGAGACAAAACUAUAUAAUAAUAAUAAUAUCGUUUGUAUUGAAGAUAUAAUAUUAGGGUAAUAUUUCCUCAUUUUUCUCAGGAUAUACUUGAAAUGGCUGCCUGAAAUCCAACUAUUAUAUUUUAAAUACAUAAUUGGCAACUGUUUAAAAGUAGGAACGAGAAUUAUUUAUGCUCAAUCUAGUUAUUAAAACAUAAAAUUAAUAUAACGGCGCUUUCCUUAAUUUGAUUUUACAAAACAUAAAAUUGUUAUUGGUUCUUAACACAAUUCUGAUGUAAAAAUCAUGGAUAUUUCUAUUCUAGCUUUAUAAUUGAGAUUCUAGAUUGCUAUUGUACUAUCUCAUAGAUGGUUUAUAUAAAUCAUAAAUAUACAAUACGCUAUUUUCCUUUAUUUCAAGAUAAACGUGUGCACAUAGCGUUUCCGGUUUUUUUAAUAAAAAAAGCAAUGUUACUUUUAUUAUAUCUUCCAUUACAUUCUCUUAUAAUAACAUGAAUUACUUCAUAUGUCGUUUUAUAACUAAGAAUAGGAAUUAACGCGUAAACCCCUUUCGUCAUCUUAUUGUUAGUUUCUGACAGAGAUUGAAAUAUAUUUUGAAAACUGAUAUUAAAUCAAUAUUUACCGACAUUAACCGUAUAUUAAUCACAUAAACUUUCAUAAACGACGAAUUACAAGUUGCGUCCAAUAAAUUAAAUUUGAGAAAAACCUCAGCACGUUUCUGAUCGCUAAAAAAUUAUUUAUAAGUACUUCUUCAUGUACUGCUGCAUGUUUCUGAUAUAUCUAAUGUAAAAAAAAAUUCGAAAAACAAGAUAAAUGAACGAAAUUCAAUGUGUGUACGCAAAUUGACAUUUGCACAAAAUCAAGCUAUUUCUCGCAACUAUCUAUCAUAAUUCAAAAGUUCUGCAUAACUAAACGCGAUUAUUACGUAUGUAAUUGGCAGUCUUUUGGUUGCAUUGCUCUUAAAAUUUGUGUCACGCGACUUACAACGAGCAAAAAAUCGGAAAAAAUGAAAGAAUAAAACAUCUCUUUGAUCGACUCUAUCACGUGGAUACUAUCUAUAUGUAGCUAGUUCAGCUACAAGGCUAUAAAGCCCCACGAGUACUACUAUCUUGACUCUCUUAACGUAGAAAAAUGCUAUACUCGAAUAGAAUUCAAGAAUCUAUAUCUAUCAAAAUCUAUCUCUUCUCUCUGUAGAUAGUUGAGUCCUUACCGAGGGUAUUUUCGGUGGUAUCUAUUUUAGACAUUAUAGCUGCUGGACAGAGAAAAUACAACAUUGAAAUUGAUCUGUGAAAGUGACGUAAAACGCAAACGGCGGAAGUACCAAAGCGAGAAGGUAGCUAUCCGUUGUUCGCGAAGUCGAGAAAGUUAUAUUUAAGAAGAAUUAUUAGAUAGAAAAUGAAAGAGAUAAUGGUCGGGUUGUACGCGCACUAGCUGACAGAUGGUCCAAUCAUAGAUUAUAUAUUCAUAACGGGGAAAAUAAACGAGAACUUAAAAGAAUAGCGCCUAACUGUGUUACGCGAAGUAUGAGAAACAGCGCGCGAAUGUUAUGAUUGUAUAUAAAAUAUAAAUAUAUAUAUGUAUAUAUAAGGCACCAGAGAUACAUUUACACAUUGUCGUAUAAAAUUAUAAAAUCGAAUUUUUAAUUAAAUUUAUAUUCGGAUUAUACAGAUGUUUUUCGGACUUUUGUGUUGCUGGAAAGAAAAGUAAAAAAUUUUCUUAAGAGAAUUACGUUGACACAAAAAAAAUUAUCUACAAUAUUUAAUUUAUCAUCUAUUGAGUUCCUGAAAUAACCAAUUAAGUAUUUUAAAGUAGAAUAAUAUUAGAUAAGAUUAUUAUUGAUUAGUAUCUGUUAUAUACAAUUGUCAUGAUGAUUCUGAACGCAUCCUUGUUUAUUCAAAGUUAUUGCGCGAUAAGCGCUUAUCUUACGACAAAUAUAUGUGUCAUGGUAAUGUGCUGCAAAAAUGUAUCACGCGCGGUUUCUCAAGCAUUGUGUAUUGAACACAACAAAGUUACAGAGAAAUUAUUAUAUGAUGUUAAAAUAUGAAGGAUUUUAAAACAGAUUAUAAAAAGCAACAGGCAAGAGAUAUUCAUAUAUUUUCAGUGUAAAUCAAGUAUAUGUAUAUACUUGUGGUAAAACUACGUAUCUCAUAGCUUUAACGGCUCGCCGAUGCCCAGGUGGAAGCAAACCUUCCUUGGUAGCGAUAUCGAAAUUGUGCGAGUCACAAUCAACGACGCCGUACUACGUCUCGUUGUAAAAAAAAAAGCUACAUGGCCAAUGUAAUAUAUAUAUGUGUUCUGUUAACAAAGAUGGUAUGCUUCCACUCGAGGAAGAGCGCGUAAAGGAGUAAUCGUUUGGAUGUUGAUUGUUAAAUGUUAGGAUAGAUGGGUACGACGUUAUAUCCUUUCAACCCGAACUACAUGUUAAGUACUUGCAUUUUGUCUCUUAUCUUCGAUUACGAUUGCGUCUCGUUAUUUCAUCGGAUUUCAAUCGUCGAUACGUGUCUGGUUCGAUUUAACGUAGCUCUUCUUUGUAUGCAGAUUUCGAGGGAAAAAAAAUAUAAAAUGUUUAAUUUGUAAUGCAGUCACUGCCGUCGCUUUUCUGCAAUAAAAACCAAUUUUCGCUUCGAUCGUUUUUCGGUAUUGUCCCGAAAAGAUGCUUAUUCGUGACGCGCAAACUGUUCAUAUUUAUCAUACAAGAUUCAUUUGGAAAUUUAAGAUUUAUUGUACGUAAAUGUUUUGUCUGUCGACCUUUAAAAAUUUUACGUUUGCGUCUUUUUUAGUCAUUUCUCGAAACUUAGUCAUUGUCUCGCAUAAUUAUUACAGAUAAUUUAUUGUACUAUAUCUUGGAAGCAUGUAUUUUAUAAAUAAAUAGAUAACC